AUGUCCCAAGUCGUUGGCAACACAGCGCUUGCGUACGCUCGCGUUUGGCACCAUGUUGACGCAUCCGAGCGCAUUCUAGGAAAACUGGCUGAGCGCAUUGCACUCGUCUUAAUGGGCAAACACAAACCCAUAUACGAUCCCAGCGUGGACUGCGGGGACUACGUAAUUGUGACGAACUCGAGAGCGGUGAGAGUGACUGGAAAGAAGCAGGAGCAGCUGCUCUUCCGAAAGCACUCUAUGUUCCCUGGAGGGUUGAAGGAGACGCCCUACGAGAGUAUGAUGGUGAAGAACCCAGACCAUGUCAUACGGCAUGCGGUGUCGGGCAUGUUACCCAAAAACAAGUUACGCGAACGACGGCUAGACCGCCUGAAAAUAUUUCCUUCUGAAAAUAUGGGCAUCUUGGGCAUGAAUAUCAUGCGGAGUUGGGAAGAUGGGACGUUGCCUUCGGAUUUUGAUCCCUCGAAACCCGUCACUGGUCUUACCCUCCGGGAACUACGAGAAAAGUGUCAAUCUCCAUAGUAUUCUAAUUCAUUUUAUUUAAUUGCAUCUCUC